AGGUCGGUGUCUCCUCUCUCUCUCUCGUCUCCUGGGGCCGCCCUGGCCGCCUCCUGGCUCUCUGCAGGUGUGGUGGGGCCUGCAGGAGGCCCAGCUACCGGGGUGGAGGCCAGGCUUGGCGGUGAAAUAGUGACUAAGUCUAGUAUUGAAAUGCAGACUAGCAAGAACGCCACAGGUGGUGGGGUGUCCGGUGGUACAUCACGAGCACCACUGAAGGAAACGACCAAGGGCAAUGUUGUUAAUGAUGAGGAAAGUGGACGGAAAGACAGCAGCGGUAGUGCAGAAGAGAAUGAAAAGCGGAAAUGGUCACUUGAUAAUUUUGAGAUUGGGAGGCCCUUAGGGAAGGGGAAGUUUGGUAAUGUUUACUUGGCUCGUGAGAAGUCUAGUAAAUAUAUUGUGGCACUCAAGGUGUUAUUCAAGUCCCAGUUGCAGAAGGCAAAUGUUGAACAUCAGCUGAGAAGAGAAAUAGAGAUUCAAGCUCAUCUUAGACACCCAAACAUCUUGCGUCUCUAUGGGUACUUUCACGAUGAAGUGCGUGUGUACCUGAUCUUGGAAUUUGCCCCACGUGGAGAGUUAUACAAAGAAAUGCAAGCACAACCUCAUCGUCAUUUUGAUGAGAAAAGGUCUGCCAAGUACAUCAUGCAGCUUGCCAGUGCACUAAAGUAUUGCCACACAAAGAAGGUCAUACAUCGUGAUAUUAAACCAGAGAACCUCCUCCUCAGUCUACGUGGUGACCUUAAGAUAGCCGACUUUGGCUGGUCAGUCCAUGCUCCAUCCUCCAGGCGGACAACAUUAUGUGGCACUCUGGACUACUUGCCACCGGAGAUGGUUGAAGGAAAGCCUCAUGACGAGAAGGUGGAUCUCUGGUCCCUGGGAGUACUGUGUUACGAGUUCCUCUGUGGUAAUCCCCCUUUUGAAGCCGAGUCAAACCGAGACACGUACAGUCGUAUAUCAAAAGUGGAUCUAAUAUUUCCUUCACAUGUAUCUGAUAAAGCCAAGGAUUUAAUGGUGAAGCUGCUAAGACACAGACCCAGUGAUCGUUUGAGCCUUGACGGUGUUCUGCAGCAUCCCUGGAUUUUGGAAUCGACCAAAGAAUCUGCCACUUCAGCAUGCCAUGCACACUGAUCUGGCUUGGUUCAGGAAAACAAGAAAAUAAAUAACAUUAUUGGGUGUCAUUAAUACCAUGUAUUUCUUGGCAACUUCAUUGUCACUUCAUUGCUCUGAUCUCAUUCCAUGUGAUUUCUAAUGUCUUGCUAAGUGGAACUUACAGUUCACAUAACAAUUCAGAGGGAAUAUGUGUACAUGUACAUCACACACACACACACUUCUUUCAACACUGUAAAUUGUCAUUACCACGUGAUCGUCGUCGUCUUGCUCUUCGACUCCAAGGUCUCGGUAAGGGUCUUCACAAUGUACCGACAAAGUUUCCCGGGAGUCUUGGAGGAAAUGGCAGACUCAGACAGUAAUAUAAGUGUUCAAUUUUUGCAAGGUUGCAUGAUUAGAUCUAUUAAAAAAAAUGCUCACCAAGAGAACCUAUUUUCUUUUUGUGUACAUUCAUCAUCUUGUUAUUGAAGAGCAUCACUUGUGAGAACCCGUGUUUACCUGACUUGUUCUUGCAAGUAACCCCAUAUUCCACCACCACCCAUAUUGAACCACCCAUAUUCCUUUAUAGACUUAAUAUAAUUAAUUGGUAAAAAUGUAUUAUGUGCUGCUAUGUUAAGCAACAGGCAAAGAUUCUGGUUUAUUUUCCCCAUUUAAGUUUUCUAGUUCGUUAUUCGGUACUUUAUAAUGUUGUUUAUAACACGCACUGUACACAAGGUUACAGAUUAUUAAUAGUCAUUCAGGUAGUGGUGCUGGGAGGUCACGACACUGCGGCAGGCUGUCUGUUCAUCUACCUUCAAGUUGCGUUGCCUUGACAUGCUUUAGGUUUAUAAAAAGUGUAAUUCAUAAUAAUAGAUGUACAGUAAGUUGCUCUUUAAUGGUGACUUUGAGUAGUCGAGCACACCAUGGUGGUAGUUAGUGGUGGAAGUAAUAUUUGUUCUGAUUGUAACUUAUAAGUUCUGUAAAGUGGAAAGUGAGUUUUAUGCAUAUUCAUACAUUUGCAUGCUAGUAAAGUAUACAUUUGUUUGAAUUAAUAUUUAGUUCAUUAGUUAAUGUAUUUAGUAUUUGUGUGAAUGUUUGUACUUCAUGUCACCUGAGAAACUGAGUGUAAGUGUGCUAUACCUGGCUUGUAAGAUGAUUACAAAAUAAAAUGGAGUUUUACCA